GGCACGCCAAGGCGCGGGUCUUAGGAGAUCAGCGGCGGCCGGAGGCAGCGCUGGUGACUUUGGCUGCGGGCAAAGAAGCGUCUCGGGUGUUUUGCUCGCUCUUCCCUUCCUUGCCGAUUUGGCCAGACUUGAGGCGUCUUGGGCGCCGGAGCGAAGGCGGCCGCUGACUUGCAGGCUCUUGGACGUAGGAGAACGCUCCGUGGCGCUUGUAGGCGAACCGGGCGCUGCGUAAGAAGCCUCCGCUUUGACAGCGCUGAACAGGGCUACCUGUUGAAAAGAUGGUCCUUUAUUUGGACUGGCUUGUUCCUUUCCCACUCAUAUUUUUGUGCCAUUGGAUAGACAUAAUUAUAUCCCUAAAUCUUGAGGAUCCAAAUGUGUGUAGCCACUGGGAGAGUUAUUCUGUUACAGUGCAAGAAUCCUAUCCACAUCCCUUUGAUCAAAUUUACUACACCAGCUGUACUGAUAUACUGAACUGGUUUAAAUGCACACGACACAGAAUCAGUUACCGUACUGCCUACAGGCAUGGAGAAAAAACUAUGUACAGACGGAAAUCUCAAUGUUGCCCUGGAUUUUAUGAAAGCAGGGAAAUGUGCAUCCCUCAUUGUGCUGAUAAAUGUGUCCAUGGCCGUUGUAUUGCUCCAAACACCUGUCAGUGUGAGCCGGGCUGGGGUGGACCCAACUGUUCCAGUGCAUGUGAUAGUUACCACUGGGGACCGCACUGCAGUAGUCGCUGCCAGUGCAAGAAUGGAGCUUUGUGUAACCCCAUCACUGGAGCCUGCCACUGUGCUGCUGGAUUCAAGGGAUGGCGCUGUGAGGAACACUGUGAUCAAAGUUCAUAUGGAAAUGACUGCCAGCAAAAGUGCCAGUGCCAGAAUGGAGCCACCUGUGAUCAUGUGACUGGAGAAUGCAGAUGCCCUCCUGGAUACACUGGAGCUUUCUGUGAGGAUCUUUGCCCCCCUGGUAAGCACGGGCCACAGUGUGAAGAAAGAUGUCCAUGUCAGAACGGUGGAGUGUGUCACCAUGUAACCGGGGAAUGUGCCUGUCCUCCUGGAUGGAUGGGCACAGUCUGUGGUCAGCCUUGUCCAGAAGGUCGGUAUGGACGAAACUGCUCCCAAGAAUGCCAGUGUCACAAUGGAGGGACAUGUGACUCAGCAACAGGUCGAUGUCACUGUAGUCCAGGUUACACAGGGGAACGGUGCCAAGAUGAAUGCCCAGUUGGAACUUUUGGAGUACAGUGUGCAGAGACAUGCCAAUGUGUAAAUGGUGGAAAGUGCUAUCACAUUAGUGGUGCAUGUCUUUGCGAGCCAGGAUACACAGGAGAGCGUUGUGAGAUAAGGCUAUGCUCUGAAGGUGUUUACGGUAUCAAAUGUGAUAAAAGAUGUCCCUGUCACUUGCCAAAUACUCACAGCUGUCACCCAAUGUCUGGAGAAUGCUCCUGCAACUCGGGCUGGUCUGGACUCUACUGUAAUGAGACAUGUUCCCCAGGAUUCUAUGGUGAAUCUUGUCAACAAAUCUGCAGUUGCCAAAAUGGUGCUGACUGUGAUAGUGUUACUGGAAAAUGUAUCUGUGCUCCUGGAUUUAAGGGUUCUGAUUGUUCUAUUCCGUGCCCUCUUGGAACAUAUGGAGUAAAAUGUUCUUCCACAUGCAGUUGCAAAAAUGAGGCCAUCUGCUCCCCAGUGGAUGGUUCUUGUACCUGCAAAGUGGGUUGGCAUGGAGUGGAUUGCUCUAUAAACUGCCCUAGUGGAACAUGGGGUCUUGGUUGUAAUUUAACUUGCCAGUGCCUUAAUGGAGGAGCUUGCAACACUCUGGAUGGAACUUGUACUUGUGCUCCAGGAUGGAGAGGAGAAAAAUGUGAACAUCCUUGUCAGGAUGGCAGUUAUGGGUUGGAUUGUGCUGAGCGCUGUGACUGCAGCCAUGCAGAUGGCUGUCACCCAACUACUGGCUACUGUCGCUGCCUCCCUGGAUGGUCAGGUAUGCAUUGUGACAGUGUAUGUGCUGAGGGACAUUGGGGUCCAAACUGUUCAUUGUCCUGUUUCUGUAAAAAUGGAGCAUCAUGCUCUCCAGAUGAAGGGAUCUGUGAAUGUGCACCUGGCUACAGAGGCACUACUUGUCAGAGAAUUUGCUCCCCUGGAUUUUAUGGCCAUCGUUGCAGUCAGGCAUGCCCCCAGUGUGUGCACAGCAGCGGUCCAUGCCACCAUGUUACUGGGCUGUGUGACUGCUUGCCUGGUUUCACAGGAGCCCUUUGCAAUGAAGUCUGUCCCAGUGGCAGAUUUGGAAAGAACUGUGCAGGAAUUUGCACAUGCACCAACAAUGGAACUUGUAAUCCAAUUGACCGGUCUUGUCAAUGUUACCCUGGCUGGAUUGGUAGUGACUGUUCUCAGCCUUGCCCUCCUUCCCAUUGGGGCCCAAAUUGUAUCCAUACUUGCAAUUGCCACAAUGGAGCUCGCUGUAGUGCCUAUGAUGGGGAAUGCAAAUGUACACCAGGGUGGACUGGCCUCUACUGUACUCAGAGAUGUCCUUUGGGGUUUUAUGGAAAGGACUGUGCAUUAAUCUGCCAGUGCCAGAAUGGAGCCGACUGUGAUCACAUAACAGGGCAGUGUACAUGUCGCACAGGAUUCAUGGGAAAACACUGUGAACAAAAGUGCCCUCCAGGGACAUAUGGCUAUGGCUGCCGACAAAUAUGUGACUGUCUGAACAACUCAACUUGUGACCACAUCACAGGGACCUGUUACUGCAAUCCUGGAUGGAAAGGAGCCAGAUGCGACCAAGCUGGUGUAAUCAUUGUAGGAAAUUUGAACAGUUUAAGCCGCACUAGCACUGCCAUCCCUGCUGAUUCUUACCAGAUUGGAGCUAUUGCUGGUAUCAUUAUUCUUGUUUUAGUUGUCCUCUUCCUGCUAGCACUAUUCAUCAUUUACAGACAAAAGCAGAAGGGAAAGGAAACAAACAUGCCUGCAGUUUCUUAUACACCUGCCAUGAGGGUCAUCAAUGCAGACUACACCAUUUCAGAAACCAUUCCUCACAAUAACGGUGGAAAUGCUAAUAGCCACUACUUUUCUAACCCGAGCUAUCACACUCUAACACAGCAUUCAACAAAUGCCAACAACAUAGACAGGAUGUCUCUGGCAAAGCCAAACAACAACCAACUGUUCUUGAAUCUUAAGAAUGUGGAUCAAGGGAAGCAAGGGCCUCUCAUGGACUACACAGGAACGCUGCCUGCUGACUGGAAACACGGAGGCUAUCUCAAUGAGCUCGGGGCGUUUGGAAUUGAUAGAGGUUGUAUGGGAAAAUCCUUGAAAGAUCUGGUGAAGAAUUCAGAAUAUAAUUUAAGUAAUUGCUCCUUAAGCAGCUCUGAAAAUCCUUAUGCCACUAUUAAAGAUCCCCCGGCACUUACACCAAAAAAUUCAGAAUGUGGAUAUGUUGAAAUGAAGUCACCAGCACGGAGGGACUCUGCUUAUGCUGAAAUUAGUAACUCUGCUUCAGCCAACAAGAAUGUCUAUGAAAUUGAACCUACAGUUAGUAUUGUCCAAGGGACGUUUAGUAACAAUGGACCUUUCAGUCAAGAUCUUUAUGACCUACCAAAAAACAGCCACAUUCCUUCCCAUUAUGACUUGCUGCCUGUUCGGGAUAGUCCUGCUUCUUCGGAGAAAGAUGAUGGCAGUGAAUGACAGUGAACAGUUUGGAAUACUGUGGAACUCUUACAGAGAACUGGGAUCUAGUUAUAUUCCUUCCUCUCUUUUGCCAUCUGCAUUCAGUAGACAUUUUGCUAUACAUUAAACAGGAGAGUCAAUCAAACUAUGGCUUGCAUGUACACACGGCAAAUGGAUAGAUGCCAAGCUGGGAAGACUGUGUUGGAUGUUCCAUUGAAUUUUUUUUUUUUUUAAAAAGAGAAACAAAUGCCAAAUGUGGACAUUGCAAUGUACUGGUUCAAAAGUAUGCGCUUGCAGAACAGUUCGAGUGCCUGCAUUGCUGUGCCUGACAAAGGCACAAAGGAUGGCUGGAUUUUUCAGUAGCUCAACUUGCAUAGUUUACAUGCAGCCAAGACUAUAUAACCUACCAAAAACUCACUUAGCCAAGUCAUCUGACUAGGUACUUAAAAAAAAAAUAAACUGUGUUAUCUCUUUUUUUGCUCAUGUCAUUAUAUAUUCCCAGCAGAUUAAAGUUGUACAUGGACAAUACAUUUAAGAAUAUACAGUGUGUUGGAGCAUAACUAAGUACAGUAUGGAAGAGAUUUAUGAAAGCCAACUGUUUCGAACGCAAGGGAAACCUUGGCUGAAUAUACCUAAAGAACUGUGAUGUAGUGGGCUUUGGCAUCAAUUCUUGCCAAAUUAUUCGUACUUUUGAGACUCGACAAUUCUGGCUGCCAUUUCUACUAUCCACAAGUAAUCAUUCAUAACAUAUCAGUAAUUACUUCAGAAGUGUCAGUACAAUGGAUUUAUUUUUUGUCAAAAUGGACUGAAUAAGUAUGUUUUAAAAAGUACAAAAUGUCUCAUAUGCUGUACAUUAUAAAUGCAAGAAAGUUUUAUAAACAGGUAGCACUAUUGUAAUACAGAAUAGUACGUUUAAUUAAUUAUUGCCUGAAAUCAACUGAGCAGUCUUGGUGCAUUAAUUGCUAUAAAGGCACCUUUUCUUUUUAUAAUUGAUUUAGGGAAAAUAUGCUUAAGCGGGUCUUUUGCAUUGCUAAUAACCUGGUACAUGUACUCUGUUUCAUUAACUUGUGUCUGUUUUAAAAUGAUGUAGCUAUGUUUUCUACUGCUUUAGAAUAACAGUGCAGAAACAUUAUAUUUUACAUCCCUUGUAUUUUUGUGAAUGCUUUUCCUGACAUUUUGUCUAGUUAAAUAGCCCAGCUCUUUAUAAAGAAAGAAAUAUUUAGGUAAAGUCAGUUGCCAAGCCAGAGAUAGAUUAGAAAGGUCAUCUUAAACCAGUGGUUAAAUUUUUUGAGUUAGCAUAAGAAAAAAACAUUGAAUUAUAAUGUGAGGGAUAACGUUUAUAGUAAGGACUAUUAAACAGAGAACUGUUUAUUUUCCUCCAACCAGUUUCUUUGACUCUAGAAGUGUCAUCUGUCUGUUCCAAAGGCAUUUUGAAAAGGACAAUUUAUAUAGUUGAAUGCUUAUGUUAAAUCAAAUUGUCAUAGAAACCGUGUCUUAAUGUAGAAUCGUUUUGCAGAACUGAACUUCCUAUUACUACUAUAUUUCUAGUUCUAACAGGGAGAAUUCCUCUAUGUAUGAACUGAGUAUAUGUGUUAAUGUUCUUUUUAGUUUACAAUUUUCCAUUUCAUCUCCAUGUUACGUAUAAAUUCUAAAGCUGGUAAGUCAGGGCAGUUAAGGUGAUUAACUGUUGAGCAUAUGAACAAAAUGUUCCACUCAUGCUCAUCCUAUGCACAUAUAUAAUCUUCUACUUCUAGGAGCACAUCUCUUGUAUGAAAGCCAAUGUGCAGUUUCUAGUAUAACUUUUAAAUUCAAAGACAUACUGUGGCUGCAAUCUAACAAAAAUCCAGUUGAAAACAGCUGCUGAUGGUAGUGGAAAUUUUUUUCUAGAUACUCAAGGUAACUGAACUAGAAAUAUGCUUUACUUUGUCUUAGUGUCACCAAAAGCAUUCUCCAACAAAGGCCAUUUAGUCUUUGGCAGACUGUGUCUUUACCUACUAAAAGAUGCUUAAUCUGCUUGGGACAAAUGGACAAGACACUGAGUUUCAGAAGUUAAGCAGCACAGAUAUCCUGCUGUAGGAUAGGUAUGGUAUGGUGAUUAGAAAUUUAGUUUGACACUCUUUUGUACUGUGUUAUACAAAGUCAGAAAUAAAAGCCUAUCUUUUUUGAA